AAUUUGGCAGUUUUCUUCGAUUUAUGGAGGAUGCCCUCUAUUCCCUACCUCAAAGCUCGGGACAGCCAUGGACCAUGAAACACACCGGUCGAUAGAAGAAGCGGUGCUUGAGAUACUCAGGAAUGCUAACAUGGAGGAGAUGACCGAGUACAAGGUGCGAACUUUAGCAGCAGAUCGGCUUGGAAUCGACCUCUCACCGCCCGACCGCAAGCGCUUUGUACGGAGCAUAGUUGAGUCCUUCCUCACAUCGCACAAGGAGGAUCCCUCUGAUUCCGCUGAAACUCCGCUAGAAGACCAACAGCAAGUGGAGGACCCUGCUGCGGAUGAGGAGGAGGAGGAGGCAGAAGAAGAGGAGGACGAUCGGAGAAGGAGGCGCGGCCCGAAGGAGUAUGAUGAUGAAGGCGAUCUCAUCGUGUGCAGGCUGUCGAAUAAGAGGAGGGUUACAGUUCAGGAUUUCAGAGGUAAGACGCUGGUUUCGAUUAGGGAGUACUACGAGAAGGAAGGAAAGCAACUGCCGACCUCUAAAGGUAUAAGCCUCACCGUGGAGCAGUGGGAAGCCUUCGCAAAAGCUAUCCCUGCAAUUGAGGAUGCCAUAAAGAAGAUUGUGGGUUCCGACUAAAGAAAACUUCUUGAAAGAAGUUUUGGUCAAAGUGAAGUUAUAACAGGUUUUGUAGUGUUAUUUUUGUUCUGCAGUCAUAUAAGUCAAAAUGUUCUUGUGUUUUGUUGAUCAAAUGUUAAUGUUUUUGUUUGCUUUAAAUAUGUCACCCAUUCCGUUUCUGGCAUUUGAUCAGAAUAUGUAACGUAAGCAUAAACCUUAAUUUUAUAUGUAAAGGUUUGUUUAGCUAGACAGCAUCUUGGAGGAAUAUGAACUUCUGCUGCUUUAAUGUCAGCAGAACGUUGUAAUUGGCUUGAAUUGAUAGCCUAAUUCAGAUUUGUCUCUUCAAUGAAUAUUGUUUCAGGUA